AUGCCCAUCAUCAGCAAUGCCAACCAUGACUUCAGCACCUACUCUAUCAGCAGCGACGAUAGCAGCCUUGAUCGCUUCUUCACCGAAAUCCCAGAGACUGAAACCCUAAAGGGCAUUUACUUCCAGCGCGCCCAGCUUAUUCGUGACCACAAUGCCUCAUAUGUAGUUGACCACACUCUACAUGUUCUCAUCAACGUUGGGGGAAACCGCUACACCUUCCCCUGGAGCACCCUGGAGCAGUUUCCCCAUAGUCGACUGGGUCGGCUGCGCUUCUGUACAACCCCUGAAGAGAUUGCUCGACUCUGUGAUGACUACGAUGAGACGUAUCAGGAGUACUUCUUUGACCGGAACCCCACAGCCUUUAGGGUCAUCCUCAACUUCUUGGCUGCUGGGAAACUGCGUCUGCUCAGGGAACUGUGCGCCGUCUCUCUACACGACGAGCUAGACUACUGGGGCGUGGACCCAGGAAACAUGGAGCGCUGCUGUCGCCGACGCAUGAUCACCCGUGUGGAUGAGGUGGCAGAGCGUGAGCAAAAAGAGAAAGUGUGGAGAAAGAAGAGGACAAUGCUGAAGAAAAGACCAGCAAAGACUGAAAAAGGAUACCGCAGACUGGUCUCAGUACUGAGAGAGGUGAUGGAAAACCCUCACUCAGGUUUGGCCGGGAAGAUGUUUGCCUGUCUCUCCAUCAUUAUGGUUCUGAUCACAGUCAUCAGUUUGUGCAUCAGCACCAUGCCAGACCUCAGGGAUGAAGAAAACAGGGUGUGUAUGAAAGCCUCAAAACAGUCAGUUUGA